GGGUACUGUCGGCCGUUAGACCAGCGCACGACCGACCCGACCUGGAUCGCGGGACAUUUGCAUCGAGCGCUGUGUGGCGCCAGUAACCUCUGCGCCAGAGGGAGAGUCUUGGUGGCGGCGGCUGCCGCUAUUGCACAUGCUGUUUGACUGCCAGCCUUGGACUGCUCUGGGUAGCUGCCUCCGCUCCGCCUCCGCUGGGUGCCUUUGCCCUGGGCGGCGCCGGCUGUUUUUACACCCCCGGAUAACAGUAGCCGGCAGCAGCGGAGCAAAGGACGUGUGGCAGGCGGAGUGUCUGUCUGGGGCUGAGAGCAGCAGCAGCGGCGGCGAGGGGAGGGUCUGCGGCUUGGCGUAGCUGCAGCAGCCGUCUCGGCCUCUCUGGGAGUGACUGUGUGUGCGCCUCCAGUCUCUGCCGCUCGCCGAGCUGCUCCUGCCACCGCUGGUGAUUGUUUAUUGUUGUCGCUCUCUUCUCUCCGGCUCAGACAGCCCAGCACGGUCAGGGGUGGACGGGCAGGAAUGUGAGCGGUUUUUGCAGGCGCUGUGUGUGCGGGGGGUUCUGUGUCACCCCCGCCACCACCAGCAUCCUCAUCAGCUGGCUCUAUUGUCAGCAAAAGAGGAAAUUGCAAUCAAACAGCAGCAGCAGCAACAUCUGGGCGGUCACAUCUGGGCAUGCAACAUCGGCUUCCUCCUCCUCCUCCUCCUCCUUCACCCGAGUGGAUCACUUUGGGGGUGGAAAUACUUCUGCAAUCAAGCCAGAGGUUCCAUCUUAUAACUGAAUAUUGAAACUGGAAGAGAGGGGGGUGGGGUGGGGAUAAAGGCUGCUUUUUCCUCCCCUUGGGAUUUAUUUCAUGGGGAUGUGUUCAAGACAAGAGAGGAUUCAGAAGGAUAUUGACGUUGUGAUCCAAAAGUGCAAGGCGGAGAAGGACUGCCUGUUUGCAGAUUUCAGGUACUCAGACUCCACCUUCACCUUCACCUAUAUUGGAGGCUCCAAAAGCAUAUCCUAUUCAGUACAUGUCUCGGAGGAUUAUCCAGAUAACACAUAUGUUUCCAGUUCAGAUAAUGAUGAAGAUGUGUUAGUUACAACAGAGUCAAUCCCAGUAAUUUUCCAUAGAAUCGCAACAGAAUUAAGAAAAACCAGUGAUGUUAAUUGUUGCUUAUCUAUAAAAUCAAAAUUACAGAGGGAAAAUGGAGAGGACUCAAGGCACAAUAGUGCAAUUGAAGAAGAUUCUGAAGGAGAUAAUGAUUCUGAAGAGUUUUAUUAUGGGGGACAGGUUAACUACGAUGGAGAACUUCACAAGCACCCACAACUGGAAGCUGAUUUGACAGCAGUGAGAGAGAUCUAUGGGCCUAAUGCAGUAUCUCUCAGGGAAUAUGGAGCCAUUGAUGAUGUAGACAUUGAUCUGCAUAUUGAUGUUAGCUUUCUUGAUGAAGAGAUUGCUGUGGCUUGGGAUGUAAUCCGCACAGAGCCUAUAAUAGUGCGAUUGCACUGUUCACUUACACAGUACUUAAAUGGUCCAGUACCCACCGUGGAUGUAUUUCAGAUCUCUACUAAGGAAAGAUUUGGGUUGGGACAUCAGCUGAAAAAAAUAAUGCAGACGUUUGUUACACAGCAGUGGAAGAAUAGCAAAGAAAAAUCAAAUUGUACGCACAAUAAGAAAGUGUCUGAGAAAAAGGUGAAAUCCCCUCUGCACAUCUUUUCUACAUUGCGCAGGUUUUCCCCUUAUUUAUUUUUAAGGUCGCCAAGUUAUCCUCCACCUGGCUGUGGUAAAAACAAAUCAAAACUGAAAUCUGAACAAGAUGGCAUCUCCAAAACUCACAAGCUGCUGAGAAGGACUUGUUCUAGCACAGUAAAGUCUGAGGAUGUGUGUGCCACAAAGUCUCACAGAACUUUUGGCCGUUCAUUGUCUAGUGAUCCUAGGGCUGAGCAGACAAUGGCUAUUAAAUCGCACAAACUGUUGAAUCGUUCUUGCUCAGCAGCUGUUAAGCAAGAAGAAUGCAUCACUCUAAAGCCCCAAAAACUCCUAAGCAGAUCAUGUUCCGGGGAUCCUCGAUGUGAGCACAAUAGCACCUUGAAGCCUCACAAACUUUUAAGCAGGUCUUAUUCCAGUAAUCUUAGAAUGGAAGAAUUAGAUGGACUGAAGAAUCACAAGUUACUCAGCAAGUCUUACUCCAGUGCCCCUAAGUCAUCCAAAAUGGAGUUUUUCAAAGAACCCACCAUAGCAGAGGGCAGGAGGCUCUCUCUUACCUCAGGGCUUAUUGGUAUCUUAACGCCAUCUUCCUCAUCACCUUCGCAAGCUGCUCCGAAUUAUGGUGCAAAAUGCAUUCCAAUACGAGACAAUGGCUUUCUUGUGCAGACUAUUGAGUUUGCUGAGCAGCGGAUACCAGUGCUGAAUGAAUACUGCGUAGUUUGUGACGAACCACAUGUGUUUCAGAAUGGCCCCAUGCUGAGGCCCACAGUAUGUGAACGGGAGCUGUGUGUUUUUGCUUUCCAAACUCUAGGAGUAAUGAAUGAAGCUGCAGAUGAAAUUGCCACUGGGGCUCAGGUGGUAGAUUUAUUAGUAUCCAUGUGUCGAUCGGCAUUAGAAUCACCCCGGAAAGUUGUCAUUUUUGAGCCAUAUCCUUCUGUAGUUGAUCCUAAUGAUCCUCAGGUGCUGGCCUUUAAUCCAAGGAAGAAGAAUUAUGAUCGAGUCAUGAAAGCAUUGGAUAGUAUUACUUCUAUUAGAGAAAUGACACAGGCACCAUAUUUGGAAAUAAAGAAGCAGAUGGAUAAACAGGACCCGCUUGCGCAUCCUCUUCUGCAGUGGGUUAUUUCUAGUAAUAGGUCACAUAUUGUGAAACUACCAGUGAACAGGCAACUGAAGUUUAUGCACACUCCCCAUCAGUUCCUCCUUCUCAGCAGUCCACCAGCCAAAGAAUCCAAUUUCAGAGCUGCUAAAAAUCUCUAUGGAAGUACCUUUGCAUUUCAUGGUUCACACAUUGAAAACUGGCACUCCAUCCUGAGGAAUGGCUUAGUUGUUGCUUCCAAUACAAGGCUGCAGCUCCAUGGUGCAAUGUUUGGAAUUGGGAUCUACCUUAGUCCAUUGUCAAGCAUAUCAUUUGGUUACUCAGGGAUGAAUAAGAAGCAGCAGAAGGUGUCAGCUAAGGAUGAACCUGCUUCGAGCAGUAAAGGCAGUAAUGCAUUACAGUCACAGAAAAAAGGACAGCAAUCCCAAUUUUUGCAAAGCCGUAAUUUAAAAUGCAUAGCCUUAUGUGAAGUGAUAACCUCACCUGAUCUGCACAAACAUGGGGAGAUAUGGGUAGUUCCCAACACUGAUCAUGUGUGUACGAGAUUCUUCUUUGUUUAUGAAGAUGGCCAAGUGGGUGAUACAAGUAUAAAUACACAAGAAACAGGCAUUCACAAAGAGAUUCUUCGAGUCAUCGGUAAUCAAACUGCUACUGGGUAAAAGGACCACUCCUAUUUAAUUGAUGUGAUUUGGAAGCCUUCCUCAGUCUCAAAGCUGGAUUUUGAACUGAAGAAGAUGCGAAAAACUAAUUUAUUAUUCUUAUUAUUACUACUACUACUACUACUACUACUACUAAACAAAUUAACCCUUUGAAUACUUCCUUUUUUCUUACUUAGUAUUUCUUAUCUCAUUGAAAUACCUGAAAUGGUAUGAGUUAGCAAUUAUAGGGGUACAAAGUCCAUUAAUAUACUACAACUAAUAGCAAUUAAAGAGACAUUUGGGUUGCUCACAAUAAACAAUUUAAAAAGGAGUUUUGUGCUGAUAUUUUUAUAUUAAACUCUUUAAUUGGACCAUUUUAGUACUGUAUACUGGUAUUUUAAAUUUAGAAUGACUGAAAUAUAAGCAAGAGAGAAGAUUUUAUAGCGGAGAACCUGCAUUAUACAGGACACUUUGCAAUAAGAAUAUUCACAUAUUUUAAUACACCGUAAAAAUGGUUUCUGGAACAUGUCAAAUUAAAGAGGGUGGUUACUUACAAUAUCAUAGAUUCAUUUUACUGUAUGCAAAUGCAGCUAGAAUUUAGAGUAAAAAAAGUUAAAAGAAGAAAACAUUUUUGCAGUAUUCAGUUAUUGCCAAGAGAAAUAUAACUACGCUGAUGGUGUGUGACUAAUUUUCUUCAUUCUCUCAAAAGAAACGAUAUCAUCCAGUAAACAGUUCAGUAACAUUAUUUAAAAGGUGCAAGCCAAGUGAGCUGACCAGAGUUCCAGGGGCUGAGAAGUGAAUUUGUAGUGAAGCCAUUUGUAAACCACUUUUUACAAUGACCUAUCACCUCAGUUCAGCAAGAUACUUAGGUGUUUUCAGUGGCAUUGCUCUUGUGAUUAAAGUUAGACAUGUGCUUAAAUACCUGGCUGAAUCAAGACCUAUAUGUAUUUCAGUUGCGUGUCCACUUAGGAAGAAAUAGCAAUACCUUUCAUAUUACAAACAUGUCAGAAUUACUCUUGAGUUCCCUUUGGUGAAAUACUGUUAAUUCAUCCCUAAGGAAACAAAGCAAAUCCAUUAAAUCUUUAUGAUUAGGAAUUACAAGUGUUAAUAAUAAAAUGGUUGCCACAGUAUGAGCAUGUUGGCAGCACACUUAGGGGCCAGGGACCAAUCCUAAAAGGUGCUAAGCACCUCCUAGGAAGUGCUAAUUGCCCUCAGCUCUCACUAAAGUCAUCUUGCAGGAUCAUGCCCUUCUCUUUUGACAACAUUUCAAAUCCCCUCUCUGUACAUUUCCACUUACUCCCUUGCAGCCUUGAAAAGGGAGAAGAUAGACACAAAAAUUACCAUAAAGACCACACCUUGAGCCCUCCAGAAGUGGCCUGUACUGUUAUUAACAUGAUGGUUAUUAGGAAGACCCCAGUGUGUGCUUGUUUUUUUAAACAGAGCAUAAGUCAUCUAGAUAAUUGCAUAGUGUACAGAGAUAUUAGGGGUUAGAGAUUUAUUGUUGAAAGUCUUUUGUUAUUCCAAAUUACUCUGCUUCUUGCCUCGUCACUCCUGUUUCCCUGUAUCACAAAAUAAUCCUCACUCAAAAGGAUAAAACUGAAGUUCUCCAGAAUAAAAGUAGAGUUCUCUAAAGGGCCUCUUUGGAACCAGGCCAUCUCUGGAGACACCACUAAUAACCGGUGGCACUGCAGCGCAGUUUAACAUCUUGCACCAAGGAUGAUUCCUGGAAUUGAUCCAUCUACAUGGAGCAGUUAGGUAGUGUGAAGGGUCGGACUGCACAAAUGCAAGGUAACUCAGAAUUGAGGCUGGACAUCUGGACUGACCAUCCUUCCUUAGUUCCUCUUGCUAUAUAUACACGUAUGGCUGAACUGGGAGGAGGCUGAGCUGAAGUGUGUGAUGAAACAUAGAACAUGUGAUGAAAUGCUGUACCUAGAAAAACUAUGGGGAAGUAAGGCGUGGGCUGUGCAGCAGGGAACAAGUCCACAGAGGAGUCCUGCAGUGGCUAAGUGGAAUGAUGGCCCACCAUUUCAGGGGGCCUCCUCAAAUAUGGGAUGUGCAGUAAGUAGGUGGGGCCAAGAGGGGGUCGGAGCCACCCUAAGUGACAUACUUCUCCCUCCCCGCAGUUACAGCAAAUUCACAGCCUAAAUCCUGCUCUGGGGAGACUGAGUGUAACUAGGGCAGUGAGCCAAUUUCAGUGUGCAUACUGGACCUCCUGUGCCAGCCACAUAAGGAGUACCCAUAGAUGCUACAACUUUUGGGGGGAAGAGGGAACAUUUCUCCAUCUUUCAGGCAGGAUGGAACAAAAGUGUCUUUUCCUCACUCUUUUCCCCAAAUCUCCCAAACCCCCAAUUAGAGCUUUAAGCCUGUGACCAAGUAAAAGCAAAGGAGGUAAAGGGACGGUAGUUCUAAUCACAGCACUGUUUCCCGCAGUCCCCACGUCCCAGUGCUGGAAAGGCAUAACAAGUGGGAUUCCGAGGGGUCUGUUUUGGGACCGGCUCUGUUCAAUAUCUUCAUUAACGACUUAGAUAUUGGCAUAAAAAGUACUCUUAUUAAGUUUGCGGAUG